UCAAAAUUUCAUCUCUUUCUGAGAGUAGAAAUUGAAGUAAAGUGUUUGAGAUCAGAAAUGGUUUGCUUGGCAUCUCGAACGGGAAGAGAUUUGCAGAGAUACAACACUUCUGGUGGCCGCCAAGUUGUGGGGUGCAUCCCUUACAGAUAUAAAGAAGAUACUGACGGCAAUGUUAGCAAUGAAUUGGAGGUACUUGUUGUUAGUUCACAAAAAGGUCAAGCAUUAAUGUUCCCUAAGGGAGGGUGGGAACUUGAUGAAUCUGUAGAAGAAGCAGCAUGCAGGGAAUCCCUUGAAGAAGCAGGAGUUAUAGGAAUCAUUGAGCAUGAAUUGGGGCAAUGGAGCUUCAUUAGCAAGAGACAUGGCACGUACUAUGAAGGGCACAUGUUUCCUUUGCUUGUCAAGGAACAACUUGACUCCUGGCCUGAGAAGGAUCUACGGAGAAGAAUAUGGAUGAAUGUUGCUGAAGCCCGAGAAGUAUGUCAGCAUUGGUGGAUGAAAGAAGCAUUAGACAUUCUUGUUAAACGCCUCUCUUUACAGAAAAAUACAUAG